AUGUUGGGCAUCAUACUAACCCUGAGUGCUGCCCUGCUGGUGGCUGGUAGCCCCGGUCUACACUAUGAGUUGGAGUUUGCGACCAGUAAGACUUAUGUAUAUAACUAUGAGGGUCUGGUGUUGAGCGGUCUCCAAGAACAAGGCUUUGCAAAGUCUGGACUGAAGCUGAAAUGCAGAGCAGAGAUCAGCAGGGCAACCCCCAGGCUCCGAUUCCUUAAGAUACGUAAUAUUGAAAUUCAGGAAUAUAAUGGGAUUUGGCCCACAGAUAAGUUUACAAGUUCCAGUAAGCUUACUAGACUGUUGGAAAAACAGCUGGCAAACCCAAUUAAGUUUGAGUACAACCGUGGGCAAGUUGGUGAUUUGUACAUACCGAACGGAUUAUCGGAGACUACCGUUAAUAUAUUGAGAGGUAUUGUGAACAUUCUGCAGCUCACCGUAAGAAGAACCCAGAAUACCUACAUAGUGCAAGAGAAUGGCAUUCAAGGCUUUUGCAAUAACAACUACUUGAUUCAAGAAGACCAAAAAACAAACCAAUUGGUCAUUACCAAAUCAAUAGACCUAAAUGACUGCGAGCACAGGGAACAGAUGGUCAUCGGCAAUGCUUAUCUCCACACUUGUGCCAGCUGUAAGAAGAGAAACAAAAAUUCCAGAGCAACAACUACCUACAAUUAUAAGGUCAAGGGUACAGAGAUGGGAGGUCGUUUGCUGGAGGCAGAGGUGCGAGAAAUCCACCAGUUCACACCAUUUAAUGAACUUGAGGGCUCCAUGGUGUUUGAAGCAAGGCAGAGACUUGUGUUACAAGCAGUUCAAGAGCAGAUUCAUUCGACCCCGGAGAAUAAUGACUAUAUUACCAAAGAGUCACUGCGCUAUCACUUUGAGAGGAAACUGAUUCAAACUCCUAUUCACUUGUUAAGAACAAAAAACACAGAAAGCCAGAUUAAUGAACGUAUGCAUCAGUUAGUACAACACAUUGUAGGACCGUCGUCUUUGUCAUCUCCAGAGAAGUAUAUGGAAAUGGUGCAUCUUUUGCGAGUAUCAGACUAUGAACAUCUCGAAAGCUUAUGGAAACAAUAUUCUGGAAGGACUCAUUACAGACGCUGGUUUUUAGAUGCAGUUCCAGCCAUCGGUAAUCAUUUGUCACUAAGGUUUUUAAAAGUGAAGCUCCGAGAACUCAGCGAGUUUGAAGCAGCACAGGCUGUACCACUGGCUUUACAUUUAAUUAAAGCGGAUCGGGAAGCAAUAGCAGAAGCUAAGUCCUUGCUGGAGGCUGUAAAGUCUAGACGUGGUUUUUUGCUACGGAAAGUAACCUACCUUGCGUAUGGAUCAUUGGUAUAUAAAUUCUGCAGCAUGGUGGAUUUCUGCCCAGAAGAAGCUCUGCAGAUACGUAAUAUUGAAAUUCAGGAAUAUAAUGGGAUUUGGCCCACAGAUAAGUUUACAAGUUCCAGUAAGCUUACUAGACUGUUGGAAAAACAGCUGGCAAACCCAAUUAAGUUUGAGUACAACCGUGGGCAAGUUGGUGAUUUGUACAUACCGAACGGAUUAUCGGAGACUACCGUUAAUAUAUUGAGAGGUAUUGUGAACAUUCUGCAGCUCACCGUAAGAAGAACCCAGAAUACCUACAUAGUGCAAGAGGUGAGCUGA